GCGCUCUCCUCGCACGGUCACAUUGUGCUUGAGCGGUAAAAUGCGGUAAAUAUGGACGAAUCGGCCAAUUUAAGCACCAGCAUGGGCGAUGUGGAGGCAUCCAUGCUGAAUCAGAACGUGAGCUUCAGCAGCACCAUGGUCACGUCCAACGGCGAUCUUUCCCUUCCCAAACUGAGCGUGACUCUUUCGGAGGCGGAGAUCCUAAAGCUGCGUUCCGGGCGUCCAAAGAACGCCGUUGAAUCGCCGGAUGCGUCUGUGCCAAUGGAGACAAGCCUGGCUGCCGAAUCUGCGCAGGACGACGCGGAUGAGAAAGAAGAAAGCGUGCGGGUCGUCGACAUAGAGGACACUUUGGAGCUGACGUCGAACGGCAAUGAGGUGGAGCCGGAAGCCCAGGAGCUUGCAAAUGCUCCAGUCCUCCAGUACUUCCAGGGAGCACUUGUUGAGGUGGGCCGACGCUGCUGGACCUCAUCCACGGAGGCUCAGCACUACACCAAAGGCUGCUACUGGUCCCCGGACGGCACGUGCCUUCUGGUGCCCGUUCACCUCGAUGGCAUGCACGUUAUAGAGCUGCCCAGUGACCUCUAUUGCGCAGAUAAGGUGCAGCCGGAACGCUCGCUGAGCAAGCUCCAGUCGGAAGUGCACGUGCCCGAGGGCGGAACCGUCUACGACUGCGUCUGGUAUCCGCACAUGAACAGCCUGCAACCAGAAACCUGCUUGUGGCUGGCCACGCGGCAGCACGAGCCCAUACACAUGUGGGAUGCCUUCGACGGCUCCCUGCGAUGCAGCUACAGUGGGUACGAUGCCGUAGAUGAAGUAAUGGCGGCCAUUUCCUUGGCCUUCUCCCAUGACGGCGAGCAGAUCUAUGCGGGAUACAAGCGCUGCAUCAAGAUCUUCGACACCAGCAGACCAGGACGUGUUUGCGACGAUUACCCCGUCAAGUUUGCCAUAUCCUGCAUUGCACAAACCACUACGCAGCCGCAGACUCUGACCUGCGGCAACUGGCAUGGCUACAUCCAGCACUUUGACUUGCGGUGCAGCCACAAGCAGGGUCCUCUCUUCACGCUGGGCGGGCACGAGGGCGGCAUCACACAACUGCGCUAUGGAGAGUUUGGCAACGGGGAGUGGCAUCUGUUCAGUGGAGCUCGCAAGUGUGAUAAGAUCUUGCAUUGGGACAUGCGCAACUACAAACAGCCACUGGUGGAGUUGCAGCGCCAUGUGGACACCAAUCAGCGUAUUCAAUUCGACCUCACAUCCGACAGCCAUUGGCUGGCCAGCGGCGACACACGGGGAUCCGUAAAUGUUUGGGAUCUCAAGAGAUACGGAGAUCCUUCCGUACUGCCCCUGCAUUCAGACUGCUGCAACGGAGUGUCCCUUAAUCCGGCUAUGCCGAUUCUGGCCACCAGCUCGGGGCAGUUUCACUUUACAGACCAAAGUGACCAAGGGGACAACGUGACCUUAAACGGCACGGAAACGACGGAGCUGCCGGCGCCGGCUGAUGUGAAUCAAAAUCAGCAGGAAGUUAUCUACGAGAACGCAGUUGUCAUGUGGUGGUGCGGCCAAACGGGAUAGCAUAUAAAACUGGUGUAGUCGAGUAAAUAAUACAAAAUCCGUCUUUAUUCUUGAA